AUGUGCUCCAAGAAGCGCCCCAACAACGCCACAUCCAACUACCUGGUAUCGAUGAGAGCGGGGGAUCUGGACAGAAACUCGACCAACUUCCUCGGGAAGCUCCGGGCCAAUUUCGUGGGCACAGAAUUCCAGGUGUUCGACGAUGGUUACAGCCCGAAAGAGCUCGGCGGAGGAGGGGGCUGGGGCAGCGGCAACUUCGGCGGCGGCAGCGGUGGCUCUGGGAGCAGUGGUGCCAAGAACAUGUCUCUUCGGGAGGAACUGGGCUGCGUCAUGUAUGCCUCCAACGUACUCGGCUCUAGGGGGCCGAGAAAAAUGCAGGUGGCGAUUCCUGCCGUGAACGAGGCGGGAGAGGUGUGCAAGUGGUCCGGCCUGGAGGGGGGCCGGGGCAGCCAGGCUGCAGGAGGAGGCUCCAAGGCCAUCGAGAGGGUCAAGAACAGGGACUACGACGGGUCGCUCUACAUGGUCAACAAACCUCCCCGGUGGAACGACCAGGUGGGAGCGUACGUGCUGAACUUCUACGGCAGGGUAACCAUGGCGAGCGUGAAAAACUUCCAGCUCGUUUCCACCGAAGAUUUCGACCGCAUCAUUCUGCAGUUCGGCAGGGUGGCUCGCGAGGAGUUCACCAUGGACUUCCAGGCUUUCGCGAUCACCCUCAGCUCCUUCGACUCCAAGAUAGCGUGCGACUAGGCCAAAUACGACAGGGAAAAGCCUCGUUGCGACUGCAGCAGCAGCGGCAAAACGUCAACAAUUGGAGAAGUGGAGACUUAUUUGACCUGGAAGCCCGCGGCGUCCCCUUCGUCGUUGCCCUUCAGCCCUCGUCUCUUCUUUCUGUCCGCUUCAGCGACAAUGGGUUGUGGACCACAGAGAGAUGGCAGAAGGUUGACCCAUGACAUCUACAACUCCUUUGGUACACUAAUCAAGCAAACGUAGAGUAGCAGUAGCGCAGAACUUGUGUUUAUGGGGACACGCUGUAGAAUAGAGGAGGAGUUUAUGGCGACACGCUGUCGAAGAAGGGAGGAGCACUCAUUCCUCCACAGCUUCGCUAUGACACAUGCAUUGUGAGGUGGGUGAUAGUUCAUCGUUGUUCGCGGGUACGAGAUUGCUUACAUUGCACUUUUUAUCACGCGCGCUACA